UAUGGCAUGUUCGAGUUCGAGCUCGUUUGCUGCGCUUUAUUCUGAUCAUCUGAGCUGUGUUACGGCGAGCCUUGAGUUCCUACUGAUCUAAGCAGCAGUCGUGAGGAUGCACAGCUCUCAGAAGGACACCACGUACACCAAGAUCUUCGUCGGAGGUCUUCCGUACCACACCACAGACUCCAGCCUCAGGAAAUACUUCGAAGUGUUCGGAGACAUCGAGGAAGCUGUUGUCAUUACUGACAGGCAGACUGGGAAAUCCAGAGGCUAUGGAUUUGUGACGAUGGCCGACCGAGCUGCAGCAGAAAGAGCCUGCAAGGACCCAAACCCCAUCAUAGACGGACGGAAAGCCAACGUGAACCUGGCCUACCUCGGAGCCAAGCCACGGAUCAUGCAGCCAGGUUUCUCAUUUGGUGUGCCUCAGAUACAUCCUACGUUUAUCCAGCGGCCUUAUGGAGACAGCGAGGACGAUCAUUCCCCGUUGCUGUAUCCUCCUCCUUUCCGUCAGGUCAUGAGGAUCCCCGCUCACUAUGUGUAUCCUCAGGCGUUUGUGCAGCCCAGCGUGGUGAUCCCUCACGUCCAGCCCGCGUCCACCGCCUCGGCCGCGGCGUCUCCGUACCUGGACUACACCGCGGCAGCGUACGCCCAGUACAGCGAUCAGUAUCCGUACGCCGCCUCCCCGGCCGCCGCGGGUUACGUGUCCGCCGCCGCCGCCGCCACCGGAUACGGUUACGUCCAGCAGCCCCUGGCGUCUCCCGGAUCCGCCACGGCCGCGUUCGCUCAGUACCAGCCGCAGCAGCUGCAGACGGACCGCAUGCAAUGAGGAACCCGCCGUUUACAUUCAUGACUGUAUCAGCCAAAGAAACUCAUGUGUGUUUUUUUUAUUGUUCGGUUAUCGUUAUUAUCGAUAUUUUAUUUGUAGGCCUAGUAUUUAAUAUUUAUUACGGAAAAGAAAGCUGUAGCUCGUCAAACAUGAUCGACACUGUGCGUUGCUUACAUGCAACUAAUGUUUUUUUCAUGGUGCACUCACCCUUAUGUGGUUAAAAAGCCUUGUGUUGCUGUCUUUCGGAUAAGGAAACACUGGUUUUAUUAUUAAAGUAUCACAUUCGCAUUUGCGUUCAGAUGUCAUUAACUGCACGCCUUUAAAUCAAAUUUUCACGAAUAUCUGCUUUUGCGUUAGUUAUUCAUUUAAAGGAGUAAUUAGUGCCCAAAAAUGACAUUUUACUCACCCUCGGGCCAUCUGAGAUUAGUUUGUAUUUUCGUCAGAUAUGGAGUUACUACAUCAGUGCCUCAGCAAUGGAAGUGAAUGGGUGCCGUCGGAAUGAGAGUCUGGUAAAAGCAUGCGACACUCCACAGCGUUCCGGUCCAUCGGUUAACAUCCGGAGGAGACGAAAAAAGAUGAAAAACAUCCAUCAACGUGUUUCCAGCUCAAGUAAUCCAUAAUAAUGCUUCCUCCGGUGAAAAAGUGGUCUGGUCUGAAUCAGGAGAGGAAUAGUCGCGUCACAAAACGGCUCUAAACUAAUAUUUGUCUGGAUUUUGAUGUGAGAGACAACAGUAGAUGGGCUUUUCACUGAUUGCUUGUUGAUUAUUCUGUUUUUAUCAGACUCUCAUUCCGACGGCACCCAUUCAGAUCCACUGCAUCAGUGGCCCGUUUCUCCAAAUCCGAUGAAAAGAAAACUCAUUCUAAUCUUUCGGAUGAGCAGAUGUUCAGCACAUUUAGAUUUUUUUGGUGAACCACACUUUUAAGCUCGUCACAUGUCAGAUUAUUUGUUUAAUGGAUGCCCGAUUAUUUUCGUAAGCGCUCUAAUGACCUCACGAUCGUGAAUAUAGUGCUGUCGGACAGAUUAGUGUUUAGUUGGCUUUGGAAAUCAAACCGUGUGCCUUACAGAAUACACCGGUGCCUUAAUACAGCAUACUGUAACUGAUGGUUUCUGGCAAUAUUUUGGGUUAUUGAAAAGAUUAAUUUUUAUAUGUAUGACAUGAUUUUCGAAAAUAAAAGCUUUGAGCACUA